AUGGACAAGUACGAGGACCAGACCGUCAUCCUGCCCGACGGCAGAACGCUCGCCUUCGCCAUCUACGGCGUCGACGACCUCACAGCCCCCGUCAUCUUCCACCUGCACGGCUUCCCAGGCUCGCACCACGAGGCCUACCUGCUCAACGAGGCCGCCACACAGCACGGCGUGCGCCUCGUCGCGCCCUCGCGGCCGGGAAGCAGCAAGUCCACCUUCCACUCCAACCACACCAUCAUCAACUACCCCGAGGACAUCCUCGCCCUGGCCGACCAGCUCUCCAUCCGCCGCUUCGCCAUCAUCGGCGUCUCGGGCGGCGGGCCCUUUGCCAUCUCCUGCUACCGCUCCCUGCCGCGCGACCGCCUCGUCGGCAUCGGGCUCGUCGCCGCCCUCAUGCCCAGCUCGCUCGGCCUCGAGGGCAUGAUGUUGUCCACGCGCGCGCUUCUGUGGAUCGCGCCGCACGCGACGGGGCUCGUGAGCCGCGUCUUCGACGGCAUGCUGGGGUCCAAGGCGCGCGACAUGGACCACCCGGAGAAUCUAGAGAAGACCAUGGACGAGGACUUUGAGCGGCGCCCAGCGAUGGACAGGGAUCUGUACAAGUCGAACCCAAUCGUGCGUGAGGUCAUGGUCCGCUCGGUGAGGGAGUCGAUGCACGGUGGUUCGUACUCUGCGGCGUGGGAGGCGAGGCUUCUCGGGAGCAGCUGGGGAUUUGAUCUGGAGGAUGUCAAGGUGGACGAGGGACGGUUGAUUAUUUGGCAUGGUGAUCAGGAUGUCAACGUGCCUGUUGCGAUGGCGGAGAAGGCGGUUGCGAGGCUGCCCGGGGCUGAGCUGAGGAAGCUCGAGGGCGAGAGUCAUAUGACUAUCACGAUGAGGGCGGAUGAGUUUAUCAGAGAGAUGAAACAGAUGCUGGAGGAGUAA